AUGUCUGCAAUCACACCGCCCGCUCCAUUCAACCCAACCGGGGAAGAUUGGGAAGCUUACAUGGAGCGAUUCUAUAUGUUCAUGGAGGCGAACGAUCUGCUGAGCUUAUCAGAGCAGAGGAAGAGGGCCCUUUUCCUCACCCAUUGCGGCCCGGCAGUGUUUAAAAUGGCAAAAGCGCUUGCCGCCCCAGCCGAUCUGAAGACCAUGACCUGGACAACGUUGCAAGAAAUACUCAAGGCACACUAUGCACCACAAGCAUCAUCCCUGGUAAGAAGGCAUGAGUUUUAUCGGAGGGACCAAAGAGAGGGAGAGACAAUCAGUGCGUUCGUGGCGACCUUGCGGGAAAUAGCUGCCGCAUGCGAUUUCCUGAAUCUAGAAGAGGCCAUGAGGGACCGUCUAGUACUGGGACUGAGGGACCUCACGUUACAGAGUAGGUUGCUGGCCCGGCCUCAAAUUACAUUCAAGGAGGCCUUGGAAGAAGCAUCCGCAACCGAAGCUUCCCAGAAAUCGGCGGCGGCUAUGAAGAAAAUGAAAAGCGGGCCGCCCGUAAAGGAGGAGGCGGCCGUGCACUAUGAAAGAGUGGAAUCGGGUUCGGAGGAAGAGGACGAGGAGGAUGAAGUCCAUCACCUCCGAGCCAAUCGCAAGGAGAGACAACAGGGGAAGAGAGCGGCCUGGUGCUCGGGAUGCGAAGGGAACCACCCGAGAGCUGAAUGCAGAUUCCGGGACGCUAUCUGCCAAAGAUGCGAAAAGAAAGGGCACAUAGCGAGGGUCUGCAGGGCAUCCCAGCCAGCCUCAAGGAGGACCAGACCCCCCCGAUCGGCAACAAACAACAGAAAAUUCCAGACAAGUGGGAAGAGACAACCGUUUGGGCGAGGACAAAGAAACGAUGACCAUCGGGCGGAUCGAGGCGAGACCCAUCAAACCAUCGUGAUCGGCCAUGCCAGCGUGGGAAGGGCAAAUAAGAUGGCGGCAACAGUCUUGAUCGAGGGGAGACCCUGCAGAAUGGAGGUGGACUCGGGAUCCAGCCUAUCGAUGGUAUCCUGGACAACAAUCAAGAAGCUCCUGCCACACAUCACAGCCUGCGACCUCAAACGACAGCGCCUCACCCUCAUCGACUACCAAGGGAACCGAAUUCCUGUGGUAGGCAUUGGCAAGUUCAACGUAGCCUACAAGACAUUCAAAGCCACGCUACCCCUCACGAUUGUGGACAGAGACCGGCCCAGCCUGCUGGGCAUGGAGUGGUUCGAGCCAUUGGGGCUAGCCAUCACCGGCGUCGAUCACAUCGGAAACGACACCUGGGAGGAGGACCUGAUGAGGGAGUUCUCAGAGGUCUUUAACAACGAGCUAGGCAAGUACAAAGGGUCCCCAAUCUCAUUCAAUUUAGACCUCCAGGUAGCCCCAAUCCGAAUCAAACCCCGGAGAGUCCCUUUUGCGCUACAGCCAAAAAUAGACGAACAAUUAGAUAAACUGGUCGUGCAGGGAGUGUUAGAGCCAAUAGACCACGCGAGAUGGGAAACCCCCAUCGUGACACCGAUUAAACCGGACAGGUCAGUACGCUUGUGCGGAGACUAUAAAAGUACAUUAAAUAAGGCGCUCCAACAAAGCGCAUACCCUGUACCAGUAGUCCAACACCUCUUGCAUUCCUUGGGGAGGGGAAGAAUCUUCGCAAAAUUGGAUUUAGCACAAGCAUACCAGCAGCUGCCCGUAGAUGAAGCCACUGCGGAAGCACAAACCAUCGUUACACACAGGGGCGCAUUCAAAUGUAAGAGACUGCAAUUUGGGGUGAGCGUAGCGCCCGGGCUUUUCCAAAGCCUGAUGGAACGACUCCUACAGGGAAUCGAGGGAGUCGUCCCAUAUUUCAACGAUGUAUUAAUAUCAGCAAGGGACACGACUCAAUUGAAGCAGCGGCUGAGGGAGGUGCUGACAAGGUUCCAGAAAGUGGGACUCAAAGUUAAAAGGGACAAGUGCCAACUAGCAGAGACUCAGGUCGAGUUCCUGGGAUACUUGAUAGAUGAGUCGGGAAUUAGACCCACCCCCGGGAAGCUGAGAGCGAUCAAGGAAGCACCCCCCCAAAAAAAUAAAACCGAACUGCAGGCAUUUUUGGGGUUGCUUAACUUUUAUAAUAUCUUCCUACCGCAGAAAGCUACCACUGCUGAACCACUCCACCGGCUACUGGACAGGAAGGCAGAAUGGAAAUGGGGGGAGCGAGAGAGGAAAGCGUUCGAAGACAUAAAGAACCUUUUAACGUCAGACAGAGUUUUAGUGCAAUACAGCGGGACAUUACCCAUAAGACUAACUUGCGAUGCAUCCCCCUUCGGCAUCGGAGCUGUAUUGAGCCACAAGAUGCCUAAUGGAACAGAGGCCCCCAUUGCAUUUUUCUCCCGGACUUUGUCAAAACCCGAACGGAACUAUAGCCAAUUGGACAAAGAGGCGUUAGCCGCAGUAGCCGGAAUAAAAAGGUUCCAUGAGUAUCUCUACGGUCGGAGUUUUGAACUAAUAACCGACCACAAGCCAUUGUUAGGCAUCAUAGCAGGGGACAAACCAACACCCCCCAUUUUGUCGCCCAGAAUGCUAAGAUGGGUGGAGUUUCUGGCGGCCUACAACUACACACUGCUCCACCACCCGGGAAAAUCAAUUGACCAUGCAGACGCCCUCAGCAGGUGCCCACUUCCAGAAACGGGGGAGGAUCCAGCGCCAGCGAUGGCCACCCUGCUAAUCGAGACAAUGGAGGAAGCCCGAAUUUCUGCAGCCGACAUCGCGAGGGCCACCUCAAAGGACAAAAUACUGGCGCGAAUUUUAAAUUGGAUCUGGAAGGGGUGGCCGGAGGAAAAAGACAUAAGCACAGAGUUCCUGACAUACAAAAGAAGGCAAAAUGAACUGUCAGGACUAAGGGGGUGCGUGUUGUGGGGGGAUAGAGUCAUUGUUCCAAACACACUAAGACAACAGACACUCAGAUUACUCCACGACGGGCAUCCGGGGAUCGUGAGGAUGAAAGCCCUGGCCAGAAGCUACGUGUGGUGGCCCGGGAUGGACAAGGAAAUCGAGACGUGGGUAGUCUACGCAAAAAACCUGAGCGGAAACCCACUCUGGGUACCAGCAACAAUAACCCAGGUGACGGGGCCCCUGUCCUACCGGGUCCAGACAACAGACGGCCAGCACUGGAAAAGGCACAUCGACCAGCUCAGGGGAAGAUUAACGAGAGUUGAGAGGGAAACCCAGCACAACAACCAGGGGGAAGGAAAAGACAUGCAAGCGGUACCAGAGCGGGCCAAUACACAAACGCUAGUUCUGGACACGCCUAACACCAGCCCGGAAGAAGAUAACAGCGAGCACGUACCUGAGUCCACGGAGGAGGCGACAGGCACCGAAAGGAGCCGGCGGGGACAGCCAAGUAAAGUGGGAGAAGGAGGCGAAUCCACGCCGGAGACCGAGUUCGAGAGAGUUCCGGAGCCCACACAGAGGGAGCAGCGGACCUCAACCUCUUAA